AUGCCAGCCUCAUGGGUACAACACGGUCCUUCGUCUCCUUCAGGAGGCGAGAGGAGUGGCGAGUUAAACGACGGAGUCGCUAGUCGAGCGUCUCCCGUCCUCGUAUCAAAGAAAGAAGGCAGGGACGGAAAGAGUCUCUUCGAAAACCGCACGUUCCCUGUCUCUCCCUCUUCGCAUUCCGCCUCCAUUUCGGCCGCUGGUGGACGCAGGGGCCCGUCGCACGUGUCUGUGUCUGGCCGCCUCAGAGCCGCCUCUUCAGGCGCACCACUGCGGGCAACUCUCUCGGGUCAGGUGGAGAAAGAGGGAAGUUCCGCAGAGCUGCUUUGUGUGCCCAGGCGCAGUCUCUCUUCUGCGCGCUGGCGUUCUCUCGCCGUCGAGUGCGCGUCUUUCCGCCAGAGUUCCACUGUCUCAGAAUCUUCCCGUGCCGGUUCGUCUCCGUUGUCUUGCACUCAAAAAAGGACCCCCUUUCUUCGUUCUUCGUGCUCUUGCCCCAGCCUCUCUUCUCCGUCCUUCCUCUCUUCUCCACACGCUCCCCCCGCAGCGUCUCAUCCGCCUCCCCCUCCUCGUGCAUUCGGCUCUCUUCCAAACUGUGGAAGCCCUACGGUUCGGGUUGCGUACCAGCAAGUGAUUCCGCUAUCGUCUCUGGCGGCAAGAGCUCCCACGUCUUCUCUCCCCCAACAGGGGGUUUAUGGGCCUCGCUGGGGUGUCGACGUGCGUCAACAAGCGGGCGUGCGCUCGCCUCUGUCGCGUAGCUCUCUGGGACUUGAGAGAGCAGCGAGCGCCUUCUUCACCCUUCCAGAUCCCCCCCGGUAUCGACGAGGGUCUUCCGCGUUGUCCGCCGACUUCACGUGGAACGGAUUCGUUUCCCGGCCUUGCUACGGGUUCCCCAGAUUCCAGAGUCUCCCUAAUCUCCUUGUUCGCGAUGCUCCGCCUUUCUCGCUGAUUGCCUCUGAUUCGCCUGACGCGCGCCUGCAUCAGUCUUCGUCGGUUUCUUCCAAUCACGAAACACAAAGGGAGAGGCAAACGCGGGAGGACAAAAGAGGUCUUUUGGAGGCGACGCUGAGCAGCGGACGGAGACGACUGCGGGGAGCCAGCGGGGAAGCAAGAGAGACCGGGGAGACGGGCGGAGAGACAGGAGACGGGAAGGGAGGAGACAGAGAGCGAACGGGCACAGCAAAAAAAGGGGAGGAGAGAAGAACGAAACAACAGGGUGGGACACGGGACGCUGGCACAGGAGGGGAAAGGAGAGGCGAAGGAGAGAAGAGAGACCGCGCGAAAAACGAAGGAAAGGGUGGAGGCGGAGAACUGAUCCGAGAGGCGAAAGAGCAGACCUGGACACAUCCUGGCCGCUUUCGAGACCGAACCUGUUCAUCAAAAUCCUCUCAAGUGUCUGUCUACCCCAGAACGCGAUACGCAGUAAGCUCCAGUUGGGCGUCUUCUUGUGUUUCCCCGCAGUUUAGCAGAGCGUCUUCUUUUUCGGCCACAAGGAGCACUGGAGGCGACGGUUUUCACCAAAGAGCGGAACAGAACGAACCGGAGCAGGAAACGCAAUUGACCAAGAAAAGCGACCUCGCGGUCUUCCGGCGUCUGACCUGCUGUCUCAGUGCCAGCGAAUGUCCCUCUCGCAGCGCGUGGAGCAGUGCGCGGGAGGCGAGGGGCCGAACGGAAGGACAGGCAGAUGGGGGAGAAGGGAGCGGAAGAGAAAAACGAGAAAGAGCAGGAGCCGUGGAGACCCGCGGAGCAGGACGAGAGGACGGCACGUGGAGGAAAGAUGAAGACGAGACACAGGGAGAACGUGAGAGAGAGAUACAAAGGCAAACAGAGAGAACGCGGGAGCCUAACGAGGAAGACGAAGAAACACGAAAGGUUCGAGAGGACGACGAAACAACUUGGAAUAGCUUCCUUCUCUCUCUUCAGCGAGAAACCACGAACUCUGGUUCUGAAGCGAGAGGAUUGACCGCGAACGCCUUCACAGACGAAGAACGCGCGACGACUGCAAAAGCAAGGCACCGUCAGAGACAGCAAGUGCAUUCUGCGUUCAAGGCGAGAAGCACACACUUGGACGGUGGCGCCGAGAACAGAGAAAAAAGGAAAGAAGGCGAGAAGGACGGAAAGGUCGCCCGACUGCGUCCACAUGAGCCCAGAGGAAGCUCAGCAUGCCGACGUGGCGACGAAGGAGAGAAUCGGCGAGACGGUUCCAGUCCGUCUCGCUCUCCCUCCUCUUCUCCUUCGGAUUCUCCCCCAUGCCCGUCCUCGUCCUCCCCUUCUCUGUGUCCCUCUUUCUGCUCCUCUCUGUCUUCCUUUUCGUCUCCUCAGUCCCCGUUUCUUUCGCCCUGGAAGCUGCAGAACGCGAUCGUUCGAGUCCCCAUAAGCAGCGCGCCUUCUCACGACGAGUGCCUGGGACGGUCGUCACAGUCACGCUCUCUGGAGAGAAGCGGAGAAGGAGAAAUGAGAGACAGUGGCUCGCGGGGCGCUCCGACGGUUGGCAUCUCGCCUGCCGCACGGGGAAAGAGAGGACGGAACUCCAAAUGCUUUUCCAAGGCAGGCCAGUCAAGGGCGACUCGAGGCAAUAUCUCAGACGCCGCUUCUGACGCGCGACACAGAGAGUGUCGCACGGCGAGAAGCAAGCGAGAUGAGGACGAGCUGGCGUCGACACAGACCGGACGAAGAGUUUAUUCUUCCUACAGCAACGCACAUCGAGUCUCUUCGCCCCACCACCGAGACAGGGGGGCCCAUUCUGAGGCCAUAGGCGGAGACAGCAGCCUUUCAUCUCCCGAGCCAGAAAGGCUCUCUGCUCCUCGCGACAGACUCGGUGUCUCUGACUCUUCACGCUGUUCAAGAGGCCUGCGAAACGCGGAAACGAGAGAACACGACGGGCAUUAUGUCUGCGCAGUUGAUUAUCUGUACUCGCCCUCGGGACGCAGCAGCGAGAGACGGCAGCGACAGCGCCCGAGUGCGAUCUCUACGCGCCUACAGAGAAGCACAUGUGCACUCACGGGCGACAGUGGGCACGUCGAGACACGGGACGCACGAGAGAGGAGAAUGUCGAGCUUCACAGGGCGAAGGAAAGCAGGAAACGCGCACGAGGAGCGCGAGGAGCGCGUGGCGCCCAGCGGGGUAACGGGGGACAGGAGAGGAGAUGGAUAUGCCUUUGAAGGGAAGAGGUGGAACAGAAGCGAAGCGAAGGAAGAGCGAAGCGUGUCUGAAAUUCUGUGGGACGAAGCACGGAAAAAACACAGACAGAGUCUCGCUCUGGAGAGAGAGAAGAUCGCUCAGCAGCGCGCGGAAAACGCUCGAAGAAGAAAAGAAAUCGCAGCCCUGCUGGACAGCCCCAACCCUCGAGACAGCGAAAGCACACCAACGGUGAAAACGCCUUCUGAAAACGGAGUGCGGGAGGCGGCAGCAAGCAAGGAAGAAAGGAAAGCAUGGGGCAGGAGAAGAGAAAAAGACGGGAAGCGCCACGAGAAAGACAGGCAACUGCAGACGACGGAGGGCCACAGCAGCCUAGUGAGGAUUGCACAGAGAAGGAAGAGAAGAACGAGAGAAGAGAAGGAAGGGGCCUGCGAAAACCCCUGUAGCGACAGCGACGAUCGGGCGAGCAGUUCGAGUGAGUCUCCGGAGAGGGAAAGUGACGAACGAGAGAGCAAAACAGUUGAAGGAGGGACACGGGGAAACAGGAGGAGAGAAGAAAGGUGUUUCUCUUCAAUGCGAGAAAAAACGAACACGAAGUCGUCUCCAUCAGCGCUAGAAAGCAGCUCCAGGUCUAGCAGUGCUCGAUCCGUAGAGAGUAGCGCCUCGUCAGACGCAAAAGCGUCUCCUCGCGAGGGACUCAAAUGGGACACGUCUUCGUCUGGAGACGACAGUCUAGGUGAGUCAAGUAGCCAUAGUGAAGCAGAACUGGAGCACGAAGGAAACCAAAAAGAACAAGAUCAAGAGUUUGAAACCAGAUCUGAAGAACAGCGGGUUCCCGAAGGAGAAAGCAGUUCGUCAAGCAGCGAGGAAGCAGCGAGCACAGAAGAACCGCUCCCAACUGGUCUUACACGCAUUGCUGAGAGACGAAAUGUCGUUGAGAGACACAGUUCCUCGACGAGUAGCGAUGGCGAAGAGAAGGACGAAGGAGCAGGAAGAGUCUUGAGGCAUAUAAAAAAUGGGGCUCGCACCACACGAAUCUGUAUCAGUUUCCCUGACGCAGCUCCAGGCGACCUCAUCUUGUCUCUGGCGAGAGACGAUGAAGGCCGGGGUCUUUGGGUGGGAGACGUUGGGGGGAAGGAACACGGAAGCGAGAAACCCAGAGAGACAGACAGUAGACGCAUCUCCAAAACUGUCCACUUUGCGCCCAUUUUUGCCUCUGGGAAAGCUGACGGUCAGACGGAAUCAAAAUGGCGUGAAGGACGCAAGGAGAGAACAGAGAACGCACCUGCUCAGCAAGGGCCACUCUCGCCUCCCUUUCAUCAUCCGGGAAACAGCAAAAGUGGAAUGAAGGGGGAGACUGGAACGUGGAGAAGGGACACCUUUUCUUCGUCUCCUUCGUCUCCAUCAUCUGAUGCAUCUUCGCAAGAAAGCUCCCUGGCGAAGGAGGCCGCUGCCCACAGUGGUCCUUACGCCAUGGGGGGAGCCAGGGACGGAUCGCCGGUUGGUUCCUCCUCUUCGGAAGAGGGGGAGGCGCAAGAGCCGCCUUCGGCCGAAAGAAAACCUAUUAAGAGGCAUACAGCCUCUCUGUCCUCGCACUCGCGUCCAUUUUCUCCUCCAAAAGCACCGUCUUUUUCGGACGUGUGUCUACCAGGGCAAGAAACAAAAAAGAGGGGCGAACGCCGCCCUUUCUCCUCAACGUCCUCUUCCUCGGUUUGUGCUUUUCCUGCUCUCUCUGCCUCUCCUCGGAGCUCGGGGUCUAGAACGAGGAGCACUCCUCUUGGCCCACCCUACGUGGGUAGGCUGAGUACGAGUCUGUUCCCCUCGUCUUCCGCUGGAGAAUCAGCCAUAUCCUCAUCCCAGACGCAGGAUCAACAUCUUUUCCUUUCUCCCUUCGCACCAAAGAGAACCGUCACCUCACCGAAACCUACAAAACCUCGGAAAACGCAGACUCUGCAGAUACGAGGGAACGCAUCGCCCGGCACAGACACGGCGCUCCGGAAAAAGCGAGAAGAUACAAGGAUGGAGCUUGCUGCUAGUGAGGAGCCCGAAAAAAAGAGCUGUUCUCACUGA